AUGUCUAGUCGAUGUGCCCAUUGUGAAAAACGAUUUAUUACUGGUGAUAGAAAAUCGAAAUAUAAUAAUCUUGAAUAUCAUCAAGAUUGUUUUCAAUGUUCAACAUGUCAUCAACCAAUCAAACAAUCAUUUUAUAAUUUAGGUAAUAAUAAAUAUCGUUGUUCUGAGUGUCAAAAGAAAUCCCAAGUUACUGUUAACUGUAUUCAAUGUUCACAACCAAUUAAUGAUAGUUCUUAUAUUGAAUACAAAGGUCAACCAGCUCAUGCUGAUUGUUUUGUAUGUUAUUCAUGUUCACAACCAUUUGAUAAUAUGGUUUAUGUUGAACAUAAUAAUCAACCAUAUUGUGUAUCAUGUCAUAUGGAUCAAUUUGCUCAAACAUGUGCUGUUUGUAAACGUCCAUUUCCACCAGGUAUAUCCACACGAAAAUAUGAAGACCAAUACUUUCAUAUAGAAUGUUUUCGGUGUUUUAAAUGUGGAAAAAUUAUAUUAUCAAAAAGUUAUACAAUCAAUAACGACCAACAACGUCUUUGUGAUAUGUGCAGUUAA